AUGAUCCCAUUACUCAAUUUUAUUUUAUUCAUACUCUCAAACGCAACUUUUUACAGCGAUUCAAAUACUGUCUUAUGGGAUAAAAAUAAUAAUUUUCAAUGUUGGGGCUAUUAUAGAGCUCGUUCAUUUUAUUUCACAUCAGCUUUUCAAAAUGUCCCAAAAUUAAUAUUAACGAUGGAAUAUUAUGAAUCAACACCAAAUAAUCUUGGAGUUAGUUUUAGUUUGGUAGAGCUUACAAGAACUUGUAAUUUAAAAAAUUAUUAUAUAAGAUUUUACUGCAGGGAUUAACUGUAAUAGUCCAACAUUAUAUACUUUCGGUUUUAGGUGGAUUGCUAUAGAUAGUGAUUCCUUAUUUGUAAUAAAUGCAUUUAAUACAGUGCCAAAUCAACUUAUAACAUAUUAGCAUUCAAUUCCUUAUGCAAGUUUUGCAUUUAUAAGUCUUUUUGCUUUUGGAUAUACCAAUGAAAUCAAUUUUAAAAUAUAAGUACUUAUCAUCGUUAUUGCUAGGUCAAAGAGAUGAAUUCAACGCAUAUUACAGUUGAAACCACUAAUAUUGCGAAUUUAAGGACACUAGGAUUUUAAGUUAUUCUUGGUGAAUUUGGAAUGAUAUCUUAAUUGGAUUCAAUCAGUGCAUCUUCUCCUUUUACUAGUCCACUUUAUGAAAUUAAACCAAACUCAUAUUUUAUAACUCCUUUUUAUGGCUUCUGGCAUAUUCCUGAUACAGAAAACAUAACAUUGAAGCAAACAAUAACUUAAACUUCCACCAAUAUUUAAUAUAAAUCAGAUUCUGAAGGAAAGAGUUAUUAUAUCUAAAACAACCAUAUGGUACUUUAAAUUAGCAAAUAACCUAAACCUAUGGAAUGCACAACACUUAGAAUAACAUAAAUAAAAGACCUUUAAGCUGACACUCGGCCAACUAUUUAAAUAUCUUUACCAGAUUUAAAAUUAAUAUAUAAAGAUAUUGGGCAGUAUACAAUAAAUUUAACAACCUCUUAAUUAGUUAUAAUUAUUUAAAUUCACACAAAAUGUUUCAAAAAUAAAAAAUAUGUAAGUUAAUUCAAUAAGUGCAACUCUUGUUAAAAUAAAAAAUAUACCAACUUCUCUCAUAACUGUUAUGGAGCGAUUAAUACGCUUAUUUACACUGGUAAGUUUACUUAAACCAUGGUAACUAAUCAAUAAUUAGUAUUAUAUAUAUCUAGUGCCUAUUGCAAAAUCACUUAGGUAUUAUAAACAUAAGAAGAAAUCAUUUUACAAAUUUAAUAAUCAGAUAUUUGA